AUGGAAUUGACUUUCCUUCUGACUGUGCUGGCCUCUCUCCAGAUUUUCCCCAGCCUGGUGUCACCUACAGCUCCCCUAUCAGCCCCAACACUCUCUCUGCACCCCCCACACCCGGAAUUCUUAGAGGGGGAGCGUCUGACACUCAGGUGCUCGGCUCCCAGGGCUGCAGAGCCGACGGGGUACCGGUUCUUCGACCAAAGUGGGGAGCGGCUCUUCGAAACACCCCCUGAUCUCUACAGGGAAGCCCAGCUCCAUCUCACAGUUCAGCUGGCCACCACCGGGGCCUACAGUUGUGCAUACUGGACGGGGGCAUCCGGGCAAGAAACCGCAUCUGAGAAGAGCCAGCCCGUCUCCGUUCAAGUGAAGGCCCACCCAGGCAGCUGGUCCCGGGAGUUGGCCCUGGGGGGCUCAUUCUUCACCCUCAACAUCCUCAUCUUCCUCAUCACCUACUUCCUGAUGAAGCGCGAAGCCUACACAAGCAGUGAUAGAAGCACAGAUCACAAUGAAGUGCCUCUACCUUCAGCAGGGCUAGAUAGCGUGCCUGAGGUAACAUCAGACAGUGAUGCACUCAUGCAGUCUGAAAUGGAAGAACCAAGUCUAGAGUCAUCAGAACCACUGGAAGUUUACAUGGAGGAAUAUCCUCCAUACCCACCACCACCUUACCCAUCAGGAGAACCAGAGGGACUGGGAGAGGACUCCUUCAGUAUGCGACCCCCUGAAGUCACUGGACAGUUUUCCUUAACUCCUGGGAAGAGGACGAACGUACGUAAAACUGGCUCAGAGAGGAUUGCCCAUGGAAUGAGAGUGAAAUUCAACCCCCUUGCAUUGCUUUUAGAUUCAUCUUUGGAGGGAGAAUUUGACCUUGUGCAGAGAAUCAUUUAUGAGGUUGAAGAUCCCAGCCUGCCCAAUGCUGAAGGAAUGACAGCACUUCACAAUGCCGUGUGUGCUGGUCACACCGAGAUUGUAAAGUUUCUGGUACAGUUUGGUGUGAAUGUUAACGCUGCAGAUAGUGAUGGAUGGACCCCUUUACGCUGCGCGGCAUCUUGCAAUAACGUCCAGGUGUGCAAAUUCCUAGUGGAAUCAGGUGCUGCUGUGUUUGCUAUGACCUACAGUGACAUGCAGACAGCUGCAGACAAAUGUGAAGAAAUGGAAGAAGGCUACACCCAGUGCUCUCAGUUUCUGUGCGGAGUGCAGGAGAACAUGGGGAUAAUGAACAAAGGAGUGAUCUACGCACUCUGGGAUUAUGAAGCACAGAAUGACGAUGAGUUGUCCAUGAAAGAAGGAGACUGCAGGACAAUACUACGCCGGGAAGAUGAAGAUGAAAUUGAGUGGUGGUGGGCACGGCUAAGUGACAAGGAAGGAUAUAUAUCACACAACCUGCUGGGGCUGUACCCAAGGAUUAAACCAAGGCAAAGAAGCUUGGCAUGAAAUUGCACAGAAUCCCGAGUUAUGAAGUUCUAAUCAAGGGUGAUUUAUCACUUCUCUAAAAGAAAUCAUUUUGUGUUAGUUCCAAUUUCAUGAGACGUUUUUUAAUAACAAUGUAACUUGAAAGCAAUGAAGAAUGUGCU